AUGAUUCUCACGAGUGAUCGCUGUGUUUAUGGAUGGGGUUAUAAUAGGUACGGACAGUUAGGUUGUGGACCAGACUAUGGUAUACGAAAAGGGGUCACAUUUCGAGUGAAUUUCAAUCCCUAUCACGAAAUCAAAAGCAUUUAUUGCAGUGAAUACUCUUCAUUUGCCAUCACACCAGAGGGACAGGUGUUUAGUUGGGGUCGAAAUGAUUGGCAUAAUUUGGGACACGAUUUAUCGGGUAAUAUAUGGAAACCACAACUCAUUGCAUACAUGACUGUUGUUUCCGAAGUGAAUAAUUACAACCGUUUGUACGAAGAGUUGCAUUCUUUAGGUUCGGGAGCUUUUGGGGAAGUGAUGACCAAUUACGGGAAUGUCGGCGAGAAAUGCAAAAUUUGAUAAAAGUUAGGUCAGAAUAUUGUGUCCAAUAUAUCAGUGAAUGGUAUGAAAACAAUGUGUAUUACAUUCGUAUGGAGUUGUGUUCCCAUAGUCUGCAGAAUAUUCUUCAGCACAAACCACAAGUAUUUGGUCGACAACCGGGAAAACCC